AUGUUCCAAGACACAAUUGCAAUUUCAAAAGAUAUCAAAGAAGCUAUUGAGAAUUGUUGGCUGGCUGCAACAAAUCCUCAUUUUUUUCGUGAAUUACGAAACCGGCAGGCAAUUGAAGGAGUGAAUCUGCUGCAAAUAUGUGCUGGUGUAGAAAUGGCCACAUAUAAUAAUGUGGAAGCUUCACGAAAAAAUGUUUUCCUUCGACAUGCAUCAAAUCUUCUUUUCGGGACGGCUCGAAUUUAUCAACAACAGGUUUAUUUUUUGUACGUCACGGAACUGAUACAGUAUUUAAUAGAAUGUAAUGGUUUCCUGUAUCUCACAUUCCAAUUCAGAAAAAAUAUUCAUCGCUUGUUAAAUAAUCCCACUCUUUUUUCGGAACCAUUUGGACGUUUAUUACGGAAACGAAAAAGGGAACGUUUAUCCACAGUCGAUUUUCUGGGAAAAAAAGUCAGAACAAAUGAUAUUCCAUCUGGAGAUAUCUUGAGCCAGUUUCAUGAGAUAUUGGAAUUAAAUGAUGAAGAAAAGAAAAUAUUAUCUUCUCAAAAAUGCCUGCAAUCGGCAAAUCAAAUAUGUCUCAUUGAAUCAAGCGCAUUUCCAGAAAUUCUAGCGGAGCACUCCAAUAACGAAGACACUGCUGAUUUUGGUGUGAUAACAUUAGACCAAAUUAAUUGCUUCUCACGUCCAAUGACACCACGAAAAAGGACAUACUUUGAAGCAAACGAGGAUGAUACACUGAAAUUCAAAUAUAUAUCUAAAACUCCUCAUCUGAGUAAUUCCGCCGAUUUUGAAAUAAACAAUGAAACUGAGUCAUCAGAAACAGGUGUAUCAAGUAAUUUUGAUCCGAAUAAAUCAAAGGACGAAUUGAUUUCGGAGGAUAUUUUUCGACAAAAUAUUUCUACUACAUCAACACCGAUUCGCCCAAGAUCCAAACCGACUCGAAUAUCGCUCGAUACUCUAGAAGCUCCCAUUAUCCCGGAAAUUUCUGAGAAGAAACAAAACAAACGUAAAAACAAGAUCGGAUUCAAAGUGGAUAAGGUGAUUACAAUAGAUAAGCGACAACUUACAAAGCAACUCAAUUAUGUGAGGACAUUGCGUAAUACGGAUGCUAAAAAUGAUAUUGUUCCUACUAUUGAGGCGAAAAAGAUAAGCAGUGAAGUACUCAUAAGAACACCAUGCCACAGGACUUUUUCUAGGCUUCUAAUACAGCGAUUUGCAAGAAACACUAUCACUAGAACGCUUAACACCCAUACUAAUAUGCGACAGCAGUUAUCUUUCUCUGUAGAAAUCGAUAGAAUAAUAAAAGUCACUUCUCAAUCAAGUACAAAAAGAUUCCGGGACAAAGUGGGAGCUAUCGAGGAUCAGUUUUCAUCUGAGCCCCUGCAGGAAAAGAAAUCGACAACAACAAAAAUAUCUAUCUUAACUAAAGCAGCUGAAGAGAUGCCUUCGAAAUGUUUAAAAAGAAACGAGAGUUCGUUGCAGAAUCAUCAAGAGAAUAUUUUUAAUAUUUUACAACGUCAUUGGGGAGAAAGGCGUUAUCCUAUCAAUAUGAGGACAAUAUAUCAACAUAAAAUGAACCGUAGAAUCGCAGCAUUAACCUUUCUGACAAUUCUAGAAUUAAAUGCUAAAGGCCAGAUAGAAGUUAUCAAAAACCCGGUAACCCAGGAAAUCGAUCAUAUCCAAAAGAAACCCCAUUGUCGAAAAUUGGCUUAA